CUGUGAGAGUGGCGAAGGAGGAGGAGGAGGAGGAGGAGGAGGAGGAGGAGGAGAAGGAGGAGUAGGAGGAGGAGGAGGAAGAGAAGGAAGAGAAGAAGAAAAAACAUGCUUUUCAACACUCUUCCCUCUUCCUUGCGGGUUACGAGAAGAAGAAGAGAAGGAAGAGGAGGAGGAAAGGAGGAGGAGGAGGAGGAGGGGUGCGCCGCUCCCCCCACUGACAUAUGGACCAGACUGGGGCUCACCUGGCCAAGUUGACUCAUUAGGCAUGUGACUGAACCUAGGCCUACUCUCCCCCCGCCCCCCCGAGGAGCCCCGCGGGAGAGACACAGUCCUCGGGGUACCACAGCCGGGGAGGGAGCAGCGGCAGUCUCGGGGGGGGCGGAGGAGGCAGCGUAGGGGAGGAAGAGGACACGUGUGGAUUUUCAGACAUCUGGCCCCCUACCCGCGCCCUGCCUUACCCUAGGUGGGGGUGUGGGCGCCCUGAACUGACCCUGGGCAUUAGGGAAUAUCAGGGUCUGGUCCAGGAACUGACUCCGGCCCUUAGAGAUGUAUUAGAUAAGCACCCGUACGAUACUGUCACAAAUUUUGUAAGAUUCUGCGCGAGUUACCGGGCGUGGAGGGACAGCAAAGAUCAAGAUCAAAACUCACAACAGUCAUCAUCAGUAAACCUUCGUGAAUUCUACAGAGAUUAUGAGCCGCCAAUGAUCAGCGGACGGCACACCUGCGUGGGGCUCACCUGCCUACUGCAGACAUGCCUGGCAGCCCUGGAAGACGCCUACCCUGGCCUGAAGGACGCUACGUAUAAGGUGGGCUGCGAGGAGGAGGUAGACAACAUCGAAUGGUUCUGCUCCGGAUCGGUUCCUCCAGACACCUGUGAGAUGGAACACGUGUUGUUAUGCAUCCGUGUGAGGCUGUGCGGGCGCGCGGGCGUGAUGCUGCUUGACCCGGGGUACCAUGUGGGGGAGGUAGUGACGGUAAUGGAGGACGGGCGGGCCCCUACUACAGGGUUCGUGCAGGGGGGGGCGACCAGUGGGGUGCAGAGGUGGUAUAGGUACAGGGCGUGGGGAGGCAACGCUGCCUUUGUGACGUGGGAGGUGGUGACGCGACGAGGAGGAGGAGGAGGAGGAGGUUGUGAAGUGUUUAGUGCAGAAAGUGAAGAUGGAAGAACAGGAAGUGAAAAAGUGAAAGCUGGCAGUGAAAGAGGAGGAGGAGGAGGAGGAGGUGACAGUGAAGAAAAACAAGGAAAAAUCAACACAAACGAAGGAACCAAACAAGGAGGUGACGAGGACAAGAAGAACACAGCAGAACAUGACCAACACAAGCAAGACACGCGGGAAAAAGAAAAACGAGACAAAGAAAACGGAAAAGGCGACCCAGAACCACCACCACCACCACCACCACACCAAGAAGGACAGACGGAAAGUAAACACACAAGCAUUAUAUUCGUCGGCCUUCCCUUCCUCUCUCCCUUAGAAGUUGCAGAAAGACGAAACAUAGCAUACCCAAUCAAAUCCCUCGUGGGCAGAGACAGCACGGGCGCCCUCACCAGCGGUCUCUACUUCCCAGUCACCCAUGUAGCCUCCGCCAAGGUCACUCUGUUUACAAAGGUGAGGACACAGAAAGGAAGGAAUAGGUUCUCAACCUUUGGAAAGUAG